AGUUCAGACUGGGAGCCCCCCAUUUCCCCCCCUGUUACCUCAGCUCCUCGUCCCCUCGCUCCGUGUCCCCCAGGCCGGUGGCACCAGAGAACCUGCACCAUGGGUGAGCGCAAGGGCACCAACAAGUACUAUCCCCCCGACUUCGACCCGGCCAAGCACCGCUCCCUCAACAAGUACCAUGGGAGCCACCCACUGCGGGAGCGCGCUCGGAAGCUGGCCCAGGGCAUCCUGGUCAUCAGGUUCGAGAUGCCCUUUAACAUCUGGUGCGAUGGCUGCAAGAACCACAUCGGGAUGGGCGUCCGCUACAACGCAGAGAAGAGGAAGGUUGGGAACUACUACACGACGCCCAUCUACAGGUUCCGGAUGAAGUGCCACCUCUGUGUGAACCACAUCGAGCUGCAGACGGAUCCCGCGGGAUGCGACUACGUCAUCGUCAGCGGCGCCCGGCGCAAGGAGGAGCGCUGGGACAUGGCUGAAAACCAGCAGGUGCUGCCCACCGAGCGGGAGGCGCGGGAGCGCCUGGCAUCCGAUGCCAUGUUCCGGCUGGAGCACGGCGCCAAGGACCGGGAGUGCCGGGAGCGGGCGGAGCCGGGGCUGGCGGCGCUGCAGCACUUCCAGAGCCUCUGGAAGGACGACUUCGGGCUCAACUGCCGCCUGCGGAGCCGCUUCCGGGAGCAGAAGCCGCCGCCGGAGCCGCCUCGCCCGGGGCUGGGAAUCGCGCUGCUGCCGGAGGAGCCGCAGGACCGGAGGGUGGCGGCGCUGCUGGCGCUGCGGAGCCCGCUCUCCUACGAGGCCAAGCAGAGGCAGAAGCGCUCCGAGAUCUCGGCCCGGCCCUGGUUCCCCGCCGCUACCGGAGACCCCGCCCGGAAACCGGCGCCGGGAGGGGGGGGUGCGCGGAGCCCCGCCCCCACCCGCAGCACCCUCGGCAUCAUCCGCAGGGGGGACCCCGCCCCCACCCCAAAGCGCGGUGCGGAGCCCCAGGGGGGGGAGGAGGGGGGGGACCGGAGCACCCCCCCGCCCCCCCCGUCCCUGGUCGCCGAUUAUCGCGACUCCAGCUCCGACAGCUCCUGA